GCUCCGUCCCACGUGUGGUCCAGGGCCUUUUGGCCCCUCACGGGGCAGAUCCUGGGAGGUUUGGCAUUGAUGAAAAAGCGCGACAAAAAGGCUUGAGCUUUGCCACUUGGCGCUGCCUGCGCGGCGGCGGAGGUCCCUAUUCUACUCACCUCUGUGGCACAAACAACGUCCCUAGAUCGAAGACUCAUCCGCUCGCAAUGUCUCUCCAGGCCAUCAACUACACCUGCGGCAGGCUCGAGGUCCUGGACCAGCUCCGGCUGCCCCACGAGCAUCACUACGAUGUGGUCUCGACGAGCGAGGAGGCAUUCGACUGCAUCAGGUCCAUGCGUGUGCGCGGCGCUCCGGCCAUCGCCAUCGUCGCCGGGCUGGCGGUCGCGGUUGAGCUCCAGAGUGGCAGCUGCACUGCCAUAUCUCCCGGGGAGGCCAUUGCCUAUAUCGACUCGCGUCUAGACUAUCUCAAAGAGAGCCGACCCACAGCCGUCGAUCUUAGCAACGCUAUUGCGCUGCUGAAGUCGGCCAUCAGAGAGGUGGACAUCGCCAACCUGCAGGGUCCCGAGGCCAAGCGGAGGAUAUUGGACACAUACAUUGCUGCGGCAGAGAAUAUACUGGAAAAGGACCUACAGGCCAACCUGUCCAUCGGCGGCUUCGGCGCCAGCUGGCUCCAGGAGCAACACGACGCCUCACCCGAACGUCGUAUCUCAGUGCUUACGCAUUGCAACACAGGAUCACUGGCCACGUCCGGGCACGGAACCGCACUCGGCAUCAUCCGCUCGCUUUUUACACGCAAUCUGCUGAACCACGCCUUCUGUACCGAAACACGCCCCUACAACCAGGGCAGCCGCCUCACCUCGUUUGAGCUCGUUUUCGAGGGGAUUCCCAGCACCCUAAUCACAGACUCGAUGGCGGGUGCUCUCUUCGCGCAGCGCAAUGACGCCAUGAACAUUGGCGCCGUUAUCGUUGGCGCCGACCGCGUGGUGCGCAACGGCGACACGGCCAACAAGGUGGGCACCUACGCAUUAGCCGUGCUCGCGCGCCACCACGGCAUCAAGUUUGUAGUUGCCGCGCCCACGACAAGCAUCGACCUCGAAACCCCCACGGGAUCCGGCAUCAAGAUCGAAGAAAGGAAGAAGGAGGAGCUUACGCAGAUCACGGGUGCUGUUGUUAACGACGACGGCAGUGUAGAUCCCUCCCGCUCGGUCAAGGUCGCCGUCGCCGACCAACGCAUAGGAGUCUGGAAUCCGGCAUUCGACGUGACCCCGCAUGAUCUUAUUGACGUCAUAGUCACUGAGAAGGGCACUGUUCUCAAGGGCUCCGAUGGGCGAUUCGAUUUCCGGGAUGUGAUGCCUGAGCGAUGGGCCAAUAUGGACGACGCUGCUAAGUGCUAGAGAUUUUUGUCACGUCUUUGAUGUGCCAUAAGAAAACGUUGGUUCGCGACGCCACACUUUGGAAACUAGGCUUUUGUGAGCGCAUGCUUUACCAGCUUCUUGUAGCCUUCGACUGCCGUCUCCAGAUCCCGAACCCGAAUUUCUUCGUGGUCCGAAUGCGCGA